UUAUAAUAAAAACUAAAAAUAUAACUGAAAAUAAAUGUUUCAAAAUUUGACAGUGUGGCAAAAAUUAUCGCAAGUACUGGAGGUUAACUUUAUUUUACAAAAACCCUACUUAAACAACGUCAUUAAGAUUCAUAAUGCCUGAAAAUACAAUGGUUGGUGGUGUUGCAUUGUCUGGGGAUGACAAGUCAUCUGCAAGCUCAGGUGGUGAUUUAGGUGGUAAUUCAAUUGCUAAUGCAGUUGAUAACUCUGGUCGUGUUAAUGCAGGUGGCAGCGCUGAGCCAGUGGUUAAAAAUUGUAAUUGGAGGUCUACUCGCUGGGACUCAGGCACAUCUAAACCAGAAGAACAUUAUUCAUCCAUUUCGCCUAUGUUUUUGAAUGCUUUAGAGUUGGAGAAAAUGUUUGAUGCUGAAUUGGCGGCUUUUAAUGCGGCUCUUCUUAAUGCGUCUAAUGAUGCGGUUAUUAAUGUGCCUGAUGAUGCGGCUACUAAUGCGUCUAAUAAUGCAACUAUCGAGCUUAGAAGAAGAGGUGAGGCUAAUAGAAUUAAGCGACAACAUCUUCAUUUAAUCCAGCAAAAUUUUUCUGAGUUUUUAUUCCGUCCAACUGGUCAGCUGCGUACGAAGAAAAUGAAAAAUCCUGCUAAAAAAUUAAAUGAUAUGGCGGUUAAAUUGAGUGCAGAUGAUUGUGAUCCUACCCAACCGAUCGGUCGUAAGGUUAUUAUUGAGGUCAUAAAGCUUAAAGAAGACGAAGAAAAAAUUGUCGUUGUUGAUUCUAAAUCUUCAAAUGUUCGUAAAUCUUAUUUGGAAUCUGAGGAGAGUGAUGCUGAAUCGGACUAAUGAAUUUCUACACAACUUUCAAUUCUUUUAAACGUGUUUAACAAUAAGUAAUAAAUACAUGCGUAUAUUAACAAAAAUA